AUGAUGACAGAAGAAUCGCAACAUAUAAAUACCGACAUCGGCAGGCAACCACCUCUCAGAUGUAAUAUUUCGGCGGAUGGUUCAAAAGCAGAACUGAUGAACCGCCUGGAAAUUUAUUGGGGUGAGUCUGAAAAAGACUAUGUACCACAAGGACAAUUUAAAGGAAAAUCGGUUGAACAAACCCAGCCCGAAGGUCAUGAAAAAAGGGAUGGACUUCCCACGCAAGAAAGUACUGAGGGGCAAAAUUAUGCCCUUUUGUCAUAUAUGGAAAAUAGGCUGGAGGAAAAAAUUGAAGAAAAGUUGGGGGAGUCAUUAGCACGAGUUUUAGACAAGAGCUUGCAGCAAUGGUCAGCGCAGCUAAAUAGGUCUAGCUCAGGAGAAACUCAUUUUCCCAGCAAAAAGUUCAAGAAAACUCGGGACCAACAUGAGUACGAUGCGAUUUGCGAU